AUGUGGAGUGUACAUGGUGAAUUGGAGAAGAAGCUACAGGACUCAAAUGCAACACCAAUGUCCCUUCCACUAGAGUUUUUGGAAGACAUCACAUGUGAUUUUUCCACAGAGUCGGUACUUGGCGAAGGCGGGUAUGUGAUAGUUUACAAGGGAGUUCUUCGGAGUGGGAAAAUCAUCGCUGUGAAGAAGCUGUUUGAAAUGCGUCUAAAAGAGGAGACAUUUCAUAAUGAGGUCAGUAAUCUUAUGGGGAUCAAGCACCAAAACGUAGUGCAGUUUAUAGGUUACUGUGCCGAAUCAAGAUGGGAAGCAAUAGAGACACCAAGUGGAAGUGGGAAGCAUGUUCUUGCCGAAAUUCCAAAGAGGUUGCUCUGCUUCGAGUACAUAUCCAACAAAAGCCUCGAGAAACAUAUUUCCGAUGAAUCUUUGGGGCUUGAGUGGAAUAUGAGAUACAAGAUAAUCAAGGGGAUUUGCAGUGGUAUGCAUUUCCUUCAUGAUGCAUGCCAUAUCGUUCAUCUUGACCUAAAGCCAGAAAAUAUAUUGAUAGACUCUACUAUGACACCAAAAAUCGCGGAUUUUGGUUUGUCAAGGAUCUUUGGAGAGCAAGAAUCACGAAUUGUCACUGAUAACCGUGCUGGAACAUGUGGAUAUAUGGCACCAGAAUACUUAAUCCGAGGUGUAGUCUCAAACAAAGCGGAUAUCUUCAGUGUUGGUGUAAUAGUCAUAGAGAUAAUUACAGGUCAUAGGGACUAUCCAUAUUUUCAGCAAGAUAAUCCUCACAGUACCGCAGCAUCACUCCAGCAGUUCACAGAAAAAGUGCUCCUAAGCUGGAGGAACAAAUUCAUAUCCACACCAAACUAUAAAUCAACAGAAAGAUCUAUCCGACAAGUAAGACAAUGUAUUUGCAUAGCCCUUGAAUGUGUGGACCCUGGCAUGGAGAAAAGACCCACUCCAAAGGAUAUACUCGAAAUGCUUAACGGAGUAGACAAGAUGGUGGCCAAUGAUGAGCUGCAGUCAGACAUGCACUGCAAGGACAUGCUGCAGGCUCUGAACACUACUGUGAGUAACGAUCCCACAUCCCAGAACCGGAGUAUCACUAACGACAUGUUAAACAAAGAGACAGAUAGUAAAUUGGUGGCUAAUGUGAAAUCGGUGGAGGGUUUGUCACUGACACCUUUACCAGAAUCAAACAAAAUCAGUGAGAUAGUGAAGGGGUGGGCAGAAAAGGCAUCCAGUAAGCCACAACCAACAAGCGACACAACCAUUGUGCAAGCAAUCCCAGCUUUAACACAGAUCAUAUCUAGGGAGAUACCUAAGAAGCGCAUGGUUUCACUAGACGUAAAUCUGACAGAGUCAUGGAUUGCAACAGGCCAUGAAGAUGGAUAUAUUGAUAUAUGUGAUUAUAUCAUGCAGAAGUCGAUCUGUUUUAUUAAAACCGAAGAACAUGGUUACUUCCCAGGCAAGCUCUCUACAUUUUUUUCCAGCAUAUAAGUUAUUUCCGUUGUAUAUACACUGAUAUGCUAAUAAGGUUAUCAUUCUUACUGCAGUUAAUACGAUUAAAUUUAUUGAACGAAAGCAAUGGUUUAUUGUUGGGCUAGGGCCUGGGAGUGGCAAAAUCUAUGUAUAUAACUAUAAACCCGAGGUGCAGAAAAUCACUAGUUUUCGUGUUAAGAGAUACUUCUUAGGUAUCAACUCACUGGCAGUUCAUCCAACCCAACCGUAUGUGUUGUCGUCAUGUAGUGGGUACAUACAGCUUUGGGACUGGGACAAGAACUGGGAGUGCAUAAAAACUUUUAAGAAACUAUCCUAUUUUGGGUUUGAACUCGAACUUGCAUUUAACCCGAAGGAUGCCAACAUAUUUGCUAGUGCUUCAGAAGAUAACACAGUAAAGGUUUGGUCUCCUCUUCUGUCGUCUUUUUUAUAUACUAUAAACCGUGACACCAGGAUGAUAUAUAUGUUCAUUUUUACUGGAU